CCCAUACGAACUCUCCCGCCAUCUGAGGAAAGCGGCUGUUGGGGUUUGUGGUGUUUUCGUAUUUGGUGUGAUUGCAGGGGAAUGAGAUGCAGUUUUCAGGGGGAAUGCGCAAAAAACUGAGGUUGGGAGGUGACCAACGGAAGGCUUCCUACCCUCACAGCCUUCAGUUUUACUUGGAGCCACCUUCUGAAAACAUAUCUUUGAUUGAGUUUGAAAGCUUGGCUAUCGAUAGAGUUAAAUUGCUAAAAGCAGUUGAAAAUCUUGGUGUAAGCUAUGUGAAAGGAAUUGAGCCAUACCAAAGUAAGUUGGAGAAUGAGAUCAGAAGGCUCAAGUUUUCCUUCAGAGAAAGCUUAGAAGAUGAGUAUGAACCACGAAGAAAAGAUCAUAUUUCUCACUUCAUUUUACGCCUUGCUUAUUGCCAGUCUGAGGAUCUUAGACGCUGGUUCAUUCAACAAGAAAUGGAUCUUCUUCGAUUUCGAUUCAGUAUUUUACCCAAAGACAAAAUUCGAAAUUUCUUAAAGGAUAGCCAUUUGCAGUUUGAGGCUAUAAGUGAUGAUGAGAAGAGUCUCCGAGAACAGGAGAUUCUUGCUUCAUCACCCAGUUUGUGUGGGUCUAAGUUGGAUUUGGAUUCAGAGUCAGUUUAUAAGAUCCCUUUUGCUGAUGCUCUGGAUUUGUUCCGAGGAAGGAAAGUCUAUUUGGAAGGUGGCUUUGCUUAUGUACCACUUAGAGACAUUGUGGCAAUCGUCCUGAAUGAAUUCAGAGCCAAACUGUCCAAGGCAUUGGCAUUAACAGCCAGGUCCUUGCCUGCUGUGCAGUCUGAUGAGAGACUUCAGCCUCUACUUAACCACCUCAGUCAUUCAUACACUGGUCAAGAUUACAGCAUACAGAAAAAUGCUGGGAAGAUUUCUUUAGAUCAGAUCGAUUCGCUUUCUACCAAAUCCUUCCCACCGUGCAUGCGUCAGUUACAUAAAGCCUUACGGGAAAAUCACCAUCUUCGUCAUGGAGGUCGGAUGCAGUAUGGCCUCUUCCUAAAGGGUAUUGGUUUAACAUUGGAACAGGCAUUGCAGUUCUGGAAGCAAGAAUUUAUCAGAGGAAAGAUGGAUCCUGACAAGUUUGAUAAAGGCUACUCUUACAAUAUCCGUCAUAGUUUCGGAAAGGAAGGCAAGAGGACAGACUACACGCCUUUCAGUUGCUUGAAGAUUAUUCUAACCAAUCCACCAGGCCAAGGAGAUUACCAUGGGUGCCCAUUCCGUCACAGUGACCCAGAGCUGCUGAAGCAGAAGUUGCAGUCAUACAAGAUCUCUCCCACAGGGAUAAACCAGAUUUUGGAUUUAGUAAAAGGGACACAUUACCAAGUAGCCUGUCAGAAGUACUUCGAGAUGAUACAUAAUGUGGAUGAUUGUGGCUUUUCUUUGAACCAUCCUAAUCAAUUCUUUUUUGAGAGCCAACGGAUUCUAAAUGGUAGUAAAGACAUCAGGAAGGAAUCCAUCCAACCAGAAACUCCUCAACCCAAACCAAGUGUCCAGAAAACCAAGGAUGCAUCAUCUGCUCUGGCCUAUCUAAAUUCCUCUCUGGAAAUGGAUAUGGAAGGACUAGAGGAUUACUUCAGUGAAUGAUUCUUGGGCCCCUAGGAACCUUUUUUGUCACUAGCUUUCAUUUCUUUCAAGAUUUUGCCUCUUUCUUUUUUAACCUCUGUCUAUUCCCUCUACCCCUCCCCAAUUCAUCCGCUGAAAAGCAGGCUUAUAGGUAAAAACAAAGACCGACACUGUAUUUUGCUUUGACAGAAGGGAAAAGGAAAAUUUCUCUUGAAAUCUAAUACUUGUUUUUGGAGAUAAAACAGCUUUCUAGACUGGUUACCCUCCCCUAGAGACAAUAGAACUAAAAACAAUUUAUUUUGACCCUUUUCACUAUUUUUUGCCCAGUCCUUUUUUGGACCAUUUUUGUUAAUAAAUAAAAUGUGUAUUAGUGUGU